GCUCCUCCCCUGUACCCCCAGCGAGGGUCUUAUUUAAGGAGCUCUCUCCCCCUCACUCUUUGUCCCAGUGGAAGCAUCAGUCCUGCGAUACAACUUGACCAUCCCAGUAAACCGUGACCAUGUGUGACGACGACGAGACUACCGCCCUUGUGUGCGACAAUGGCUCUGGCUUGGUCAAGGCUGGAUUUGCCGGAGAUGACGCUCCCCGUGCUGUCUUCCCCUCCAUCGUUGGCAGACCCCGCCACCAGGGUGUCAUGGUGGGUAUGGGUCAGAAGGACAGCUACGUAGGUGAUGAAGCCCAGAGCAAGAGGGGUAUCCUGACCCUGAAGUACCCCAUCGAGCACGGCAUCAUCACUAACUGGGACGACAUGGAGAAGAUCUGGCACCACACCUUCUACAACGAGCUGCGUGUGGCCCCAGAGGAGCACCCCACCCUGCUCACAGAGGCCCCCCUCAACCCCAAGGCCAACAGGGAGAAGAUGACCCAGAUCAUGUUCGAGACCUUCAAUGUUCCCGCCAUGUAUGUGGCCAUCCAGGCUGUGCUGUCUCUGUACGCCUCUGGCCGUACCACUGGUAUUGUGCUGGACUCCGGCGAUGGUGUGACCCACAACGUCCCCAUCUAUGAGGGUUAUGCUCUUCCCCACGCCAUCAUGCGUCUGGAUCUGGCCGGUCGCGAUCUGACCGACUACCUGAUGAAGAUCCUGACUGAGAGAGGCUACUCUUUCGUCACAACUGCUGAGCGUGAGAUUGUGCGUGACAUCAAGGAGAAGCUAUGUUACGUUGCUUUGGACUUUGAGAAUGAGAUGGCCACCGCUGCUUCCUCCUCCUCCCUGGAGAAGAGCUAUGAGCUGCCCGACGGUCAGGUCAUCACCAUUGGUAAUGAGCGUUUCCGCUGCCCCGAGACUCUCUUCCAGCCUUCCUUCAUUGGUAUGGAGUCUGCUGGUAUCCAUGAGACUGCCUACAACAGCAUCAUGAAGUGUGAUAUUGACAUCCGUAAGGACCUGUACGCCAACAACGUCCUGUCUGGUGGUACCACCAUGUACCCUGGUAUUGCUGACCGCAUGCAGAAGGAGAUCACUGCCCUGGCCCCCAGCACCAUGAAGAUCAAGAUCAUUGCUCCACCUGAGCGUAAGUACUCUGUCUGGAUCGGUGGCUCCAUCCUGGCUUCUCUGUCUACCUUCCAGCAGAUGUGGAUCAGCAAGCAGGAGUACGAUGAAGCAGGCCCCUCCAUUGUGCACAGGAAAUGCUUCUAAGCAAACAACCUCCUUCAGCCAUACAUUUGUACUAUGUUGUUAACUGUAUAUAAAUGUAAUGUUGUAAUAAAAAUACCUAUGUAACAGUA